CAAUAUUAAAUAAGAAAUAAUUAUUAAAAACAAUAAUUUAUAGGAUUGGGCUGGCAUAAAAGUUACAAUGAAGUCUAUAAUAUUAGUAGUAUUAGGUCUAGUGUGGUGUGUGUAUUGUGAAAAAUUUCGUUUUGAUAACUACACCUUGUAUAAAUUAUAUCCUAAGACUGAAGCACAAAUUACUUUACUACAAAAUCUUCAAGACAAUGAACAACAGUACGAUUUCUGGAGUGAUCCUGUGCCAAAAGCUGAACAUGUUAUGGUGUUAUCAAGCCCUGAAAAUAAAAUUUCCCUUGAAAGUAUUAUGAAUGGGAAUUCGGUAGGGUUUGAAAUCGCCCAUGAAAAUAUACAAGAGUUGAUAGACCGGCAAACGGUAGCGCCUUUUACUAAAAAUGCAAAGAUGACAUGGGACCAAUAUCACACCCUUGAUAGCAUUUAUGCAUGGCUAGACAGCUUAGUUAUCGAAUACCCGAACCUAGUAUCAGAAAUCAUUGGAGGAAGUUCAUACGAACGUCGUCAAAUCAAAGGUGUAAAAAUAUCUCAUGGUAACAACAAAAAGGCAAUUUUUAUCGAAGGUGGCAUACAUUCAAGGGAAUGGAUUUCUCCAGCUACAGUGACUUAUAUCAUCAACGAUCUUCUUACUAGUACAGAUAAAGAAACACAAGCUGCAGCCAAAGAAUUUGAUUGGUAUAUUUUCCCAGUUACAAACCCUGACGGAUAUGUUUGGUCUCAUGAAUCAUUCAGAUUGUGGCGCAAAAAUAGGCGACCAAUUGAGGGAACCACAUUUGGAGUAGAUUUAAACAGGAAUUGGAAUAACAACUGGCUAGCUCAGGGAGCUUCAACCAACCCAUCUUCAGACAGCUACGCUGGUCCAGGACCUUUUUCUGAGAUUGAAACUCGAUCUUUGUCGACGUACAUAGAGAGUAUUGGGGACAAAAUUGAACUGUACCUAUCGUUCCAUUCGUUCAGCCAACUUCUGCUGAUUCCUUUUGGAAAUACUACGGAACCAGUUGCUAAUUAUCAUGAUGCGCUAAAUAUUGGCAGACGAGCAAUGGGCGCAUUAUCAGUGAGAUAUGGAACACAAUACGUUACUGGGAACAUUGCCGAAGCCAUUUAUCUUGCAACUGGUGGAAGUGUAGACUGGGUCAAAGAGCAUGUCCAAGUGCCUCUAGUAUACUGCUACGAGCUUAGAGACCGUGGAACCUACUCUUUCCUGCUUCCCCCUGAGGAGAUCCUGCCAAGUGGACUGGAGACCAUGGAUUCUUUGGUAGAAUUGAUCCACCAGGCCAAACGAUUCGGGUACAUGAACAACGGCACCUCAAUCAUUGGCGUUUCUAUGAUGACGAUUGUUUUUCUACUGAUUGCUAUUGUUAUUUAAUUUUUCCAUUGCUAUAAAAAAGUAAAUAAAAAUGUUACCCCAAAGUCCUUAGU